AUGAUUUCCGUCGGCAUUCUCAAUGGCGCUGGGCCAACUGGCGCCAGAAGACGUCUUCCUCGAUACCGUCUCUUCGCUCUUGUCGUGGCUAUCUGCCUUGCUGUGAUCAUUGGCUCUCACUUCUCCCACGGUUCGCAAGCUCAACAGCCAUCCGACGUGCAAAAACGAAGCCUUUUCGACGAGCCACUUGGACUCAACGACUCGCUUGUCUCGCUGCCGCAGGAGCUUUCUUCUCGUGCAGCCGACAACGCACUAUGGACCAGGAAGGUUGCAAGUGGAAGAAGCGGUUCGAAACAGAAGUUUUCUCCAUCCCAUCUGCUGACGACGAGGACAGACAUCUGGUGCAUGAUGAACAGUGCUGAUGUGAAAGCCGGGACCGUGACACUGGAGACACUCUUGUCGAGCGGGUGGGUAGAAGAUGAUGAUAUGGAUCCAUACAUACCAGCGAACUACCGCGAGUCACUAGGGAGGGCCGAUGGUCUGUUGAACACGGCUAACGAGGUCCCUCGAAGCUGGGAUCAUUCGAAUGUGUGGACGAACGAUGAUGGCAGGAUUAGACAGCCAACGACAGCUUCAAUGGGCAACAUUGUUAACGGCGAUGAUGGCUACAUAAUUGCCGGUGGCAAUUUUGGGCCGGCGGAUGCUGCGAAAUCCAUAAAACCACCUCCACCGGAAUGGAUGUGGCCCACUACAAAAUGGACAGACAUCCUGGCAGUAAUGUGGAACCAGUACGCGGCCGGCAAAGACCUCAAGCGCAUAUACCGGUCCAACGUUAUCACGGAGGAGACGCUGGACCUCAUGGAAUCGGCGCUGUUGAAGGUCAAGAAGCUCCCCAGCGGUGGCAUGAAGAACUUGCCGCUGUGGCCUGGCGUUGAUUUCGUGCCGGGCAAAAACCCCACCAAGACUCCAAUGACGCCUGCAGUCGAGGCCUUCAUGGGCUUGCUCGGAAGCUCUCAUGCUGCUGGUUCUGCGUACUUGUUCAUCCAAUACCGGGCCAUCGUUGGCAGGAAGAGUGUUAGCAAGAUCAAGCUUUGGCAAUCUGAGACUGACAAGACGAACAUGCUGCUUUACUUCGAGAGCAAGAAAUAA